UCUGAACGAUGGUCGAAAGUGCAAAUAUUUUUUUUGUUUACUCGCAAAAUAACAGUUUCUCAGCUUAUUUCGGUAUAUAAAUAACAACCAAGACCUGGAGAAAUUAAUCCUUCAACAGCUUUGAAGAAACUAUUUCCUCAUCAACAUGAAGACUAUCGUUUGCUUUCUGCUCGUCGCGUCAUGUGCGCUUGCUGUCCCAGUCGAUCCUCAAACUACAUCAACUAGCUCGCCCGCCAUAAAUAAUUACGGAGCCCGAGUACAACCGAAGCCUGCCAUCAGUGGAACUCAGCAACAUCCAGCUCAACUAUCUAAACAAGCUGUUCAUGAUGUGACUUCCGUCAACGACCAAACAAAAAAGGAGUCACUGCAAUCUAACGAGAAGACUGCAGCUGAUGCCAAAGUUGACGACCAGCUGAAAAUUAGCGGCCAACAACCAUCUAAAUAUGCACUUAAACGUGACACGACAAGUGCUGGAAGUCGUCCAAUCUCAGCUACUGUAACAAAGAGCGUAACUACGAAGACUCCUGCAUCCACCAGAGUUUCUACCAAAGCAGCACGUACUCCUUUGACACCAGUUGCUAACAAUAAUCAACCGACUCAGGUUAAGACAGCGGUCGGUCAGAACAAUGAUCAGAAAUCCAACACGGCUACACCGGCUAAACCAACUGUUUCUGUUUAAACAGAAAUUGUGACGUAUGGUUUUUGUUGUUGUGAAUUAUCGAACUGUACUCAUUUAUUAUUUAUGUGUAAUAAAAAUUUGUUACAAUAGAAGU